GUCCCCGACUGCCCCAACCUCCGACAGGCCGACCGGCGACCCCCUAUAGCUCGCGGAGCGGCUGGGCUCCGGAACGUGGCGACUGUCGUCCUCCGCGGUCUCCGCAGCCCAAGGGGCGUGGACGCGGGCGGGGCCGGCAGCGGCGCUUUAAGAGGCUGCGCCCGGGGAGGCCGGCCCCACAGCGACCCGAGCGAUGGACAUGGCCCGGGACUGCGCCGGAGCCCUCCUCAGGCCCCUGACGUUUAUGGGGUCGCAGACGAAGAAGGUGCUGCUCACACCCCUCAUGCGUCCCGCUCGCCCCUUCCGGGUCUCCAACCAUGACAGGAGCAGCCGCCGAGGGGUGACCGCCAGCAGCCUGCAGGAGCUCCUCACCAAGACCCUGGAUGCCCUGGUUAUUGCCAGCGGACUGGUCACGUUGGUGUUGGAGGAGGACGGCACCGUGGUGGACACGGAGGCGUUCUUCCAGACCCUGGGGGACAACACGCACCUCAUGGUCCUGGAGAAGGGACAGAAGUGGACACCGGGUGCUACCUACAUCCCAGCCCGCCAGCCGCCAAAGAGACAGGGGAUCGUGAGAGUAACCUUCGACUUGUACAAGCUGAACCCCAAGGAUGUCAUCGGCUGCCUCAACGUGAAAGCCACUAUGUACGAGAUGUACUCGGUGUCCUACGACAUCCAUUGCCUGGGGCUCAAGGCCCUGCUGAGGAGCCUGCUGUUGUUCCUGUCUCACACCGCCCAAAUGACCGGUCAGUGUCUCGUCCACACGGGCACCUACAUGCUCCGAGUGCUGGCUGACACGGAGGAGCGGGCGGUGCCCAGCCCGCGCCCUCGCCGGGGGAUCACGAGUGGAUAGGGGUGCACAGUGCGGAGUCUCCGCUGACCUCAACCCCGCAGGUCCCUCUCCAGGGACGCAUUCGGAAGACGCUGUGUUCCCACCACGUGUCCCCUGCUCAGGAAAGAAAAGGGGCCUGAGGGCACUGCCAGUGGCCAGGCGGUGGAGGCCCCCUGGGUGGGGAUGGGGUGGGGGGAUGCGGGCAGCAUGAGGCCUGCGGCUCCACAAUAAACCAGUCAAGAGAGUCGCUGUGAUACCGCACUUCUUCCUCCUGUCUUCUUCAUGUCAGAAAAGCACACCUCACAGAAGCAAAACUCAGCCAGAGAUGCUCUGCUAACACAUGCAAUCACUUUUAAGUCUGUCAGGAGACAGGAGGGUCAGAUGUUACUGUGGGGUUUUAUGUCGGUCCUGAAUGAGCCCAGUGACCUGCGAGCCUGUGACUCUGAAUUUUUGGAGGUGAUCAAGCCGCACUGGCAACCUUUCCUUAAAACAAAGCUGCUCCAAAGUGGGGCCUGAUGCAGGGCGGGCGUGGCUGAGUCAGGCGGGACCCCAGGCCACGAGGGACGCGGGCUGAGCCCCAACCACACGGCUCGGGAGGGGGCAGUGCGGCUCCCGGGGGGAAACGGAGCGCCGCUGCUAGACUAGGAGACCCGCAGGAGCCAGGUGCCAUUCGGAUCUGUGGUUUUCCUCCUAAGAAACGCUGCCACAGAGGCCUGUCCCCUUCCUGACUGACAACCCAGGACAGUGGGAGACACCACAGCUUGUCCCAGAAGCACAGAACCGCCUGCAGUCAGACCCCUGGGCCCGGACUCGUGGUCCCCCGCCCCCGCCCCCAUCACAGCCUGGAUCCCCUCGGACCCCUGCUAUGCCGACCUGACUCCCACCCAUUCCCUGCUUCACACGCCCAGCAGCAGGGCUGGGAGCCCAGGACCGCAGGCAGGAGGGGCAGAAGUAAAGGAAUUGCAGCCGCAUUCCUCAGAGCAGAGCCUCUUUUUCAAACAGAGCAAAAUAAAAAAGACAUCUCAGGGCCCCCCUUCCCCUCCUGCUCGGCUUCUGGGGGAAAUGCAGCGGGGGAUGGGGGGGAGGUUGGCGGAGGUGGGUGGUGCUGCCACCGGCUCCGCGGGCUCUGCUGUGAGCGCUUCCCUUACAAGGAGCUCGGCUGGAAGCCCUUCCAGAGCGAGGGAGGAGGACGGAAAUGGCUUUCCGGCACCUUCCGCUGGGCGGCUCCUGCCUCUCACUGACCAAGGGCUGCAUCACUUCCCAGGGAUUUGGCCUCCUGGAGAGGGGCGGCCCGGCUUCCAAAAAAGGAAUUUUCCCUCAGUGCCCUGAUGCCUUGACUCAGCCCUCUCUCUGACUCAGCGCCCUUUCCCCCUUUCCUUACUGCGUCCAGGGGCUCCCUGGCCUGUUCUAAGGGGGAUUAAGCAGGAGGAGAAUGUGGAACUGACAGGGGUCUUAGAAGCGGGUUACAGUCAGAAGAAGGACGACUUAGAGUCUGGGAGUUUCUGAACGAGCUCCUCCACAACAGCCUGCAUCCGCCCAUGGGCCUCCUGUCUCCCGCUCCUGUGUGAUGAAUAAAUUGUGUGCAAAAAGGACACUCUGGACGUUUCCUCUCUCCUUUCUGCCAUCUUCCUCUCCGGGGAUGCGGGUUCCUUUCUCCGAUGAUUGAUGAUCGUAGUUUCUACAAAGGAGCUAUAUUUUGCUCUAGCAGUUUUCAGUCUGCGGCAGGGAUCCUGGGGCCUCGUCACCAGCAGGAGCCCAGUGCUUUCUCUGGGCGCUGCGCCCUCCCUUCUGUGCAGUGAGGCCCGCAGCUGGCCAGAGCUUCCGACCCGCACGCCUGGGGGCUCCCCUCCCAGCCCACCACCCAGACCCCGGUGACGGCAGACAGAGCAGGGCUGGCCUCAGGGCUCCAGAGAUGGAGAGGAAGCCGGCACCACGUCGCCCUGAGCUGCGACAGGUGCAGUGGGUACCUGCCUGGAGAGGACGGUGGGUGAACACAUCGCGGAAGGACCAGGCCCCCUCCUGGCACUGGGACCCUCUGUUUCUCCCUGGAAAGGAUGAGUGAGCCACGUGGCAG